ACCAAGCCCUCCAUACUCUCUAUCCUGAACCACCUACACUCCACACCUUUUACAGCUCACACAUCAAUACAAUCAAUCCAACAUGACCGACCCUCAAUCGCCAUCCCAAUCACCACCCCCAACCGCAACCCCAGUCCAACAACAACAAAAACACCACCAAACCAAAUGGCUCCUCCUCGCCCUCUCCAGCGGCGCCUUCGCAGCCCUCAACGGCCUCUUCGCAAAGCUAACAACCGACACCGCAACCACCACCUUCGCCGCGCACCUCAUCCACCUCUUCACAUCCACCUCCACCUCCACCCCAGAUGACCACCCGAUCCUAAUCCUCCUCAUCCGCGCGCUCUGCUUCGGCCUCAACAUCCUCAGCAACAUCAUCAUGUGGGCGUUAUUCACGCGCGCCCUGACGGCGGGGUCCUCCACGACAAAGGUGUCGAUUACGAACACGGCGGCGAAUUUCCUCGUUACGGCUGUGCUAGGCAUGGGGGUUUUUGGGGAGAGGGUGGGUGGCUGGUGGUGGGUUGGGGCGGGGUUGAUGGGCGUGGGGUGUGUUAUUGUGGGGAGGAGGGAUUGA